AUCCACGGGAUGCAUUAACUAACCAGUCGAUAACAUCAUUAACGUCGUAAUUGGGACUGUGUGUGUGUGUGUGUGUCGGGGGUCUGAGGGUGGAGGCUGUUCCCAGACGGAGCUCAGCAACGCGACGCUUCACAGGUGACAUUUGAGCGCAUUUCAUCUCCUUUGGACUCUAACGACGCGGCUGCGCUACAAAACCGACAUGUCAGGUGGCCUGUGGGUCUAUCACUGAUGUCAUCCUAUCAACUCCUGUUACCUCUUAUUGCUUGAUGUCACCAUGGAGCUGAUACAGGGCACGCAGGUUUCAUUGAUGGCUAAGGGGGCUCCUACACCUACCUGGAACAACAACUCCACUCUUUCUAACUCCAAUUUCCUGCUGCUCUCCACUCCUUCUGAACCGCUUCUUGACUUUACCCAGACUGGUUCUUUCCUCUCAAACAGCACUUGCCAGAACUGCACCACACGUGAACCUGGAUCACUUCCCGGUUUGACCGGAAUCUUCAUCCCUCUAAUCUAUGGGAUGGUGUGUGUUGUCGGCCUUGUUGGCAACACACUGGUCAUCCACGUUGUUGUCAACUACACCAAGAACGAGUCAGUCACCAACAUCUACAUCCUCAACUUGGCCAUUGCAGACGAGCUCUUCAUGCUGGGCCUGCCCUUCCUGGCGGUGCAGAACGCUCUGCUCUCAUGGCCUUUUGGCUCUCUAAUGUGCCGGGUGGUCAUGACGGUGGAUGCCAUCAACCAGUUUACCAGCAUCUUCUGCCUGACCGUGAUGUCAGUGGACCGCUACCUGGCUGUGGUGCACCCUAUCCGCUCCUUCUGGUGGCGGCGACCCCGUGUAGCCAAGGCCAUAAGUGCCACAGUUUGGGCAGGGUCCAUUGUGGUGGUGCUGCCAGUUGUGGUGUUUGCCGACGUGCUGAAGGAUGAUGGGAAUUGCAGCAUCGUGUGGCCUGAACCAUCGGAAGUGUGGAAGACAUCUUUCAUCGUGUAUACAUGCACUAUGGGCUUCUUCUGCCCAUUGCUGGUUAUCUGCUUGUGCUACCUGCUGAUCGUCAUCAAGGUGCGCAGUGUUGGAAAGCGGGCGCAGGCCACAUCCUCUCGUCGCAGGAAGUCGGAGCGUAAAAUCACCAGGAUGGUGGUCGUUGUGGUCGCAGUGUUUGUCUUCUGCUGGCUACCAUUCUAUGUUCUGAAUAUUGUCAACCUCCUGGUGGUCCUGCCUGGGGACUUCAGGGGACUCUACGUUUUUGUUGUCGUGCUGUCAUAUGCGAACAGCUGUGCCAACCCCAUACUGUACGGAUUUCUGUCUGACAACUUCAAGAGAGGCUUCAGGAAGGCGCUCUGCGGCGCUUCACGUAGGGUGAAGAACAACGACAGGGCCGGCACUGAGGUGCAGCGACCGACGGAGGAGUGGGGCGGCAUUGUGCUCCACGUGCAAAAAAGUGAAGGAGUCGCAAAUGUGCAGAAGAAAGAUUGUGGUGAAAAGGAUGAAGAGGAGGAAAUCAAUGGAACAGAAGGGGCCAUGCAGAUGAGUGAAAUAUGCAAAACAUCACAAAAUGGAAACCAGAAUGGAGCAACGGAGGGUUCAAGGACACAGGCGGUGCAGAGGGUUAAGCCUGAGCCGGAGCACUCUGGUCUGAGUGUCAAACAGGGAGACCUGGCUGGGAAAGGCCCAGGGCCUGAUUCUGCUGUGGCUGGGUCCUCUAUGGACAAUAAUAUGAGAAACAGCAGGUGCCAACCUGAAGAAUUCUCAGAUAAACACUCUGUGCUUGAAAUCAGCUAUCUGUAAGAGAUGUUGACAGGUUUUCAGUGCGUUCUCGUCCAUGCAAUUAAAAGUGUUUCUCACAGAUAUUUGAAAGGGCUGUAAAUAUUACAAAUGACUGCAGAUAACAGAUGGCAGGGCUCAGUCGAUGCAACUGUUUUUGCCAUGCUGUAACAAUGUAGAAACAAUCAAACUUUUACACAAUAGAAAAGCAGGUAUGUUGUUAUCCAUGUUGGAUUGUAACCAGUCAACACGUAGGAAGAACAAACUUAAAUAUCUAAAACAAAUGGAAAAAGACAAUGCCAGGGAAGCGAGCAACACAGAAACACUUGAAGAUUGACAGUUCAUUCCUUUUAUUUAGAUUUUUUUUUUAAUAUCUUUUCUUCUUGUCUUCAUUUCUGUAUCUCUGUUUCCCACCUUUGGCCAUGAGAGUGAGGCCAUUUUGCCAGCAGGUAUGGUGUGGUCCCUUUAGCCUGAGAAAAGCCCAGACUGUACACCAAUAAGGCCAUCAAAGAUUAAUAUAAUCAUGUAUAUUUGAAAGUUAACUUAGUGAUCCACUAAGCAUGAAUCCCUACAGCACAUGAGAAAAAUUACGUUAUUUUUGUCACCCUUGAACAUUCACGUUAAGUCAUUUUUAUCCAAGAUCGUUUCUUGGAUUCCCUGCUUCUUGUAGUUACACUGUAUGUUAGUAGACAAUGAUGGUUGAAAUAGUAGAGCUGUGUUUUGUAAUGUAUUGUGAACUCUAUAUUUUUUUUUAAAGGCCCACAGAUUAAAGCCAAAUCCUGAUUAAGUAGGUUGUAAAGACCACCACGAGCUCAGCAUUUACAUUAAGAUGUUGUAUUAUCUGCUUUGUUGUCAGAGCUUUGUUAAGUAAUGAAGUCAAGUGUACCGAGAGCUGGCUAAAUUAACGUUUACAGAUUAUAUAUGUAUGUACAGAAUGUGAAUAUUUGUGUC